AUGACCGAUUCAACUUGUACUUGUACGGUCUGCAUCCAGCCGUGCACUCCAUCCUCGGUGGAACCACUAACCUUCACUAUCAACGAGCUUGCUGCCGCUCUGCAACUCAUCAGGGAUCAGGAUGAAAUCUUCCAAGCGCACAACAACUCUGCUGCCGAACUGCCUUCUCCUCACACAGACCGUUGCCCUGCUUGCGUUUUCCGUGCCCACCGCCGCCAAUGUUAUGUCUGCCAUGCUGAAAUUUCUGGUGAACCUUGCACAACUGAAUCCCAGCCUGGUACCACCGCACGUACACCCACUACACAGAAUGAUGGAUCAUCUCCUAGCAGCGCUAUUGUAGUAGAAUGA